UCUCCUGGAGAAAGACACUCCACAGGGAACGGACGGAAGCGGCCAAGAAAAAAUCACGCCUUUCCGUUCCGUUCCGUCGGCCUCCGGCGCCACUCUUCCUCCCUCCGGCCGAUAUAAACCGCGGGCGGGUCUCGAGCCCCGCGGAAAAUGGGAACCUCCUCCUCCGCCGCCACCGCACUCCGACGCGACCACGAUGCUGUGCCUCGCCUGCUCGCGCUCUCCCCUGCCGCGCCCCUCUCCCACUGACCGCCCGGGCCCCGGGAUCGCGGGUGUCGCCGGCGGCGGCAAUGUGCGGCUGAGCGUGGUGCCUGUCCCGUCUCCGCCGCUUCGCUGCUCGUGGCCACGGAAGGCCAAGAGCAAGUUCUCUGUUCCUGUGGCUGUGCGAGAAAACCAAAAUAUGGCAAUGAAGGAAGAUGGUUUCGAUAACCUUCCCAUAUAUAAGCUGGAUCCGAAGUUGGCCGAAUUCAAGGUCCACUUCGAUUACAGGAUAAAAAGAUACCUUGAACAGAAACAAUCGAUUGAACAAAAUGAGGGAAGCCUUGCCGAAUUUUCUAAAGGCUAUUUGAAGUUUGGGAUCAAUACAGAUGGUGACACAACUGUGUACCGUGAGUGGGCCCCUGCUGCAAAGGAAGCGCAACUUGUUGGUGACUUCAACAACUGGAAUGGUGCUAUGCACAAGAUGGAGAGGGAUAAAUAUGGUGUUUGGUCAAUCAGGAUUUCCCAUGUCAAUGGGAAACCUGCCAUCCCACACAAUUCCAAGGUUAAAUUUUGCUUUAGGCGUGGAGAUGGUGUAUGGGUUGAUCGGAUUCCUGCAUGGAUUCGUUAUGCAACGUUUGAUGCCUCUAAAUUUGGAGCUCCUUACGACGGCAUUCACUGGGAUCCACCAACUAGUGAAAGGUAUGUGUUUAAGCAUCCUCGGCCUCCAAAGCCUGGCGCUCCACGUAUCUAUGAGGCGCAUGUGGGGAUGAGUGGUGAAAAGCCAGAAGUAAGCACAUACAGAGAAUUUGCAGACAAUGUGUUACCACGCAUAAGGGCAAAUAACUACAACACAGUUCAGCUGAUGGCAAUCAUGGAACACUCCUACUAUGCUUCUUUUGGGUAUCAUGUGACAAAUUUCUUCGCAGUUAGCAGCAGAUCAGGCACGCCAGAGGACCUCAAAUAUCUUGUUGACAAGGCACAUAGUUUAGGAUUGCGUGUUCUGAUGGAUGUUGUCCAUAGCCAUGCGAGCAGUAAUGUGACGGAUGGUCUACAUGGCUAUGAUGUUGGACAAAACACACAGGAAUCGUAUUUCCACACAGGAGAGAGGGGCUAUCACAAACUGUGGGAUAGCCGUCUGUUCAACUAUGCCAAUUGGGAGGUAUUAAGAUUUCUUCUUUCUAAUUUGAGAUAUUGGAUGGAUGAAUUCAUGUUCGAUGGCUUCCGAUUUGACGGGGUUACAUCCAUGCUAUACAAUCACCAUGGUAUCAAUAUGUCAUUUGCUGGGAAUUACAAGGAGUAUUUUGGGUUGGAUACUGAUGUAGAUGCAGUUGUUUACAUGAUGCUUGCCAACCAUUUAAUGCACAAGCUCUUGCCAGAAGCAACUGUUGUUGCAGAAGAUGUUUCAGGCAUGCCUGUGCUUUGUCGGCCAGUUGAUGAAGGUGGAGUAGGGUUUGACUAUCGCCUGGCUAUGGCUAUUCCUGAUAGAUGGAUUGACUACUUGAAGAACAAAGAUGACCUCGAGUGGUCAAUGAGUGGAAUAGCACUGACUUUGACUAACAGGAGAUAUACUGAAAAGUGCAUUGCAUAUGCUGAGAGCCACGAUCAGUCUAUUGUUGGUGACAAGACUAUGGCAUUUCUCUUGAUGGACAAGGAAAUGUAUACUGGCAUGUCAGACUUACAGCCUGCUUCGCCUACAAUUGAUCGUGGCAUUGCACUUCAAAAGAUGAUUCACUUCAUCACAAUGGCUCUUGGAGGUGAUGGCUACUUAAAUUUUAUGGGAAAUGAGUUUGGUCACCCAGAAUGGAUUGACUUUGCAAGAGAAGGCAACAACUGGAGUUAUGAUAAAUGCAGACGUCAGUGGAGCCUUGUUGACACUGAUCACCUACGAUACAAGUACAUGAAUGCAUUUGAUCAAGCAAUGAAUGCGCUCGAUGAUAAAUUUUCUUUCCUGUCAUCGUCAAAGCAGAUUGUCAGCGACGUGAAUGAGGAGAAAAAGGUUAUUGUCUUUGAACGUGGAGAUUUGGUUUUCGUCUUCAACUUUCAUCCUAAUAAAACUUAUGAGGGUUACAAAGUCGGAUGCGACUUGCCUGGGAAGUACAGGGUAGCUCUGGACUCUGAUGCUUUCCUCUUUGGUGGACAUGGAAGAGUUGGCCAUGACAUAGAUCACUUCACGUCACCGGAAGGAGUACCAGGAGUAGCCAAGACAAACUUCAACAACCGCCCUAACUCAUUCAAAGUCCUCUCCCCACCCCGUACUUGUGUGGUUUACAAGCGCGCCGAUGAAAAAGCUGAAGUGCAUAAGAUGGAAGGAGCUGCUGCUUCUGGGAAGAUUGCUCUGGAUUAUAUCGGUGUUGACGCGACAUACAUAAAACAAAUAGCAGACAAGGAGGCAGCAUCUGGUUCCAGAAAGGCGUCAACAGAGGAUGAUUCAGGCAAGAAGGGAACCAAGUUUGCCCUUCAGUCGUCUGUCGAGGACAAGAAAUAAGCACCAUAUGACUGCUUGAUCAGGACCGGCUGCUGCGCUGUUGUAAUACUUCUGCUAUAGCUAGUAGUACUAGCAAUAGUAGUGAGUUGUGCAAACUUUAGAUCCUGGCUUGCCUUGACUUGGCUAUGGUUAUUUAGCUGAAGUGCAUGUAUAAAUCUACAGAAAGAGAAAUAAUCAGCCAUGGUAUGAGCCGAGACCUCCGGUGUUGACUCUGGCUUAAUGUGCCCAACAUGCGUGCCCGGGCCUUCCUAUCAUAUAAAUAAAGUUUCGGGCUUUCUUCCCA